CGGGCGAGCGAGGGGAGACUCCGCACAUGCGCACUAAGGUCCGUCUGCUCGACCUUCAGCAAGGUAGCUACCACCAUCUUCCCCGGGACGAGGCUCGCCGGGCUGUGUGCGGUGGCCUUGCCGUCGAUCCAAGCUUGAAAGAUGGUGACUUUAAAAGAUAUAACCAGGCGACUGAAGUCGAUCAAAAACAUCCAGAAAAUUACCAAAUCUAUGAAAAUGGUCGCAGCAGCAAAAUAUGCCCGUGCGGAGAGGGAGCUGAAGCCGGCUCGAGUAUAUGGAGUAGGAUCUUUGGCUCUGUAUGACAAAGCUGAUAUUAAGGCACCUGAAGACAAGAAGAAACACUUGCUUAUUGGUGUGUCCUCAGACCGAGGGCUCUGUGGUGCUAUUCACUCAUCGGUUGCUAAACUGAUAAAAAGCGAGGUGGCUACGCUCACCGCAGCUGGAAAAGAGGUCAUGGUUGUUGGAGUUGGUGAUAAACUCAGGGGCAUUCUCCAUAGUACUCACUCUGACAAGUUUCUGGUGACAUUCAAAGACGUGGGAAGAAAGCCCCCUACUUUUGGAGAUGCAUCGGUCAUUGCCCUUGAAUUAUUAAACUCUGGAUAUGAGUUUGAUGAAGGCUCUAUCAUCUUCAAUCGAUUCAGGUCUGUUAUUUCUUAUAAGACAGAGGAAAAGCCCAUCUUUUCUCUUGAUACCAUUGCCAGUGCUGAGAGCAUGAGUGUGUAUGAUGAUAUUGAUUCAGAUGUACUGCAAAAUUACCAAGAGUACAGCCUAGCCAACAUCAUCUACUACUCCCUGAAGGAGUCCACCACCAGUGAGCAGAGUGCCAGGAUGACAGCCAUGGACAAUGCCAGCAAGAACGCUUCCGAAAUGAUAGAUAAACUGACUCUGACAUUCAACCGCACCCGCCAAGCCGUCAUCACAAAGGAGCUGAUUGAAAUUAUCUCUGGGGCUGCUGCUCUGGAUUAAUGAAAACCAAGUUCCAUCCUCAGACAAGAGGUAAAGAAGAAAAAUUCAGCAAGCUGAUUUUAUUUUUAGCUUAUUGCUGUCUUUGUCAGAAGAAACUUGCUCCAUUGUUUGAAUUAAUAAGGACAGCAAGAUGUUUGUAAAUUAUAUUACAAUAAAUAACUUACAAUAAGAAAAA